UUAAGCAUGAGACCUUGAGUAACAAAUGAACAUCGCGAUGACAAGAGAAGAUCUUCAUUUUAGUUUUAAAAUGGUUACCAUGAAAACGAUUCGAAUUGUUACCAUCGUUACCGUCGUUGCCAUACAAGGUCUGGCUCAGCGAAAUUUGGGCCCCUCAUGUCCCGAAAAAGACGGCCGAUACCCCACAUCGACUUGCGACGGCUAUAUCGAGUGCAGGGACGGCCUUCCCUCGGAGAAAUUGUGCCCCGAUGGGCUCCUCUUCAACCCGGCGAGUGGCCCCCAGGCCUUCCCGUGCCAGUACCCCCUCGACGUCGACUGCACCGGCCGCGAACAGACCCAGCCGGCUCAAGCCACCGACGAGUGCCCCCACCAAUUCGGCUAUUUCCGUAUGGGCGACGCGACCUCUUGCGGCCAAUUUAAGAAUUGUGUCGCUGGGCGUGGCUUCGUUUUCGACUGUCCGGAGGGUUUGGCCUUUAAUGGUGACACCUACCGGUGUGAUUGGCCCGAUCAAGUGCCCACGUGUGACGCUGAGGGGUUUUUAGGGUUCACGUGUCCGCAAGAUGGGCGGAGUUUUGGGUUGGGAGAGGAGGAGUUUCGCUUUUUUAGGUCACCCAAUGACUGUCAACGAUAUUUUGUUUGUGUCAAUGGACGGCCAAGAUUGAAUAAUUGUGGGGAGGGGAGGGCUUUCAAUGAUUUGAUUAAUGCUUGUGAUGGGGUGGAGAAUGUCACGGGGUGUGUGGGAGGGGCCAUAGGCGGGGCUCCUUUCCGAAAUUACCGAAUAUGAAUGUAAACAAGUGAAUAAUAAAUAUUUGAAAACAAAA